AUGUUGACGUCGGAGGCCGAGCUGCUGGCCGCCCUCCGCGCCGCCGGCCGGGAGCAUCUCUCCGCGUCCACCGUCGCCCGGAGGCAGGAGACCGGCUCCCACCUGUUCCGGAUCGCCAACUACACGGAGGUCAAGGCGACGGUGGCCAACCGCGAGCACGUGGAGUCGAGCACGUUCACCGUCGGCGGCCACGAGUGGCGCAUCGACUGCUACCCCAACAGCUGCGUGAAGCCGCACAACGGCUGCAUCUCCCUCUUCCUCCGGCGCACCGGCAGCGGCGCAAAGGCCGACGUCGCCAUGGCGUCCAUCAAGUUCAGCCUGCUGGACCGGGACGGGAAGCCGGCGCGCACCCAGAGCUCGCCGCAGCGCCAGUUCGCGAGCGGCGACGACUGGGGCUGGAAGGACUUCAUGAGGAGCGACGAGCUGGACAAGGAGAAGGAGAGGUACCUCAAGGACGACUGCCUGACGGUCCUGUGCGACGUCACCGUCGACCUCGGGCUGCGCACCGACAGCUGCACCGAGGUCGCCGCCGCCGCCGCGCCGGAGCCAACGGGCGAGUGGCCGCCCCCGCCGUUCGAGCUGGACGGGGAGCUCACCGAGGCCAUCUGGAAGAAGCAACGGGCGGACGUGAGGAUCGAGGUUGGCGGGGAGACGCUGGCGGCGCACCGGUGGAUGCUCGAGGCCCGGUCCCCGGCGUUCAAGGAGGACCUCUCGCUAGCCUUCACGGCCGGCAAGAAGACCGCCGAGCUGCGCAUCGACGACAUGGACGCCGAGGUGGCCAGGGCCCUGAUCCGGUUCAUCUACACGGACGCGCUGACGGCGGACAUGAAGCAGCAGCUGGACGCGGCGGCGGCCAUGGCGGAGCGUCUGCUCGUGGCGGCGCACAGGUACAAGGUGGAGAAGCUGAAGCUGAUCUGCGAGGAGGCGCUGUGCCGGCACGUCGGGAUGAGCUCCGUGGCGGCCACCCUGGCGCUGGCGGAGCGGCACCGGUGCGCCGUGCUGAAGAAGGCGUGCAUGCAGUUUAUUUCUUCGCCUGCUAACCUAGUAGCCGUCGUCGCGACCGAUGGCUUUGAGCAGUUGAAGAUCGGUUGCCCCCCUGAUCUGGUCGACCUCAUGGCCAAGCACUUGGCCAAGGUUGGAGCAGUGGAUCAGUCCACGUUCGUACCAUUUACUACCUUCUAG